CAUGUAAGGACUCCUAUCUCACGUUAUCACUGACCUUGUUGUGCAGGUAUCCCAUCCCACUGUUGGAAACCUUGGUCCAGAUCAUACAAGGAGCAUACUUAAAAUAUGGCGUUACUGGUUUUGUCAACAACGACACUGCUUCUGUCGUCCUCUCUCGCCGUGUUCCAGCCUGGCUGCAGCUUCAUGAACGACCAAUGUGUCUACAACGUCAAACUGGGACAUGAGGGUCGGUGUGAUGCCCAGGGAACAGCGACCACUACCGGAGGGGGGACCGACACCUGCUGUAAUGGCGUACAGGGUAACGUGGACAGUCUACGUGGUAUUGUCGACGAACUCACCAAGCAAGUGCAAGUGGUGCAGCAGAAACUGGGAAUCAGCCAAUCAGCGUCAGUCUUACACAACACAACGACCAAUGAGAAGGACAUGCUACUGCAAGCACUAGCUCAGAAAGAGGCUGAGUUGAACACGUCACAGGCGAACAUGGUACAGCUCGUGCAGCACUCAUCUGACGUCAUUAGGGCAUUAAAGGAGGAAAACGCCAACCUGACCCGAGACUUAAACAGCUGUAAGGGCGUUCUGGGACUCCAGACAAACACUGGCACUCCGGUCACUGCUUCACACGACUUCAACUUGACAUUGUGUUCAUUCGAGAAUGACACCUGUGGAUAUUUUAGUCUAAAUUCUACCAACAACUGGCAGUUUGGAAGAGGACCCGUAGGUGGCAGCACUGGCCCACGGGAAGACCACACUACAGGAACAAAUCACUCAGUCUCACCCAUCUUCACAUCUAUUUCUUUACACCUACGAACCAGAAUUUCUGCUCUGAUUGUCAAAAUCAAAAAGUUCAACUUCGGGUCUAUCGAUGAUCUGACAUUGUACAAUAAUGAUCAAAUAUCCAAUUCCCUUCCACUGAUUUUUCUAGCUGUGCUAGAAAUGAAAGAGACCAAUCAAGCGUCCUCAUCUAUUUCAUAUUUAGAUUUGUGCAUGAAUAUCCAAAAGUGACCAAAACUAUCCACACGACUGUAUGACAAAAUGACUUCAGCUCUCCAAGAAUCCUCCUUCCCUUUAUGGCGAGCAAUAUUCCAACAAUCGGAGUACAGGCGAGAAUGGUCAAGAUUUAGAGGAACGUCAUACGAUUCUUGCUCGGAAGUUGUUCAUGGUAACAACAUUAACGCCUCAGCAAAGCUCUCAAAACGUUUUAUGGUAGACAUGUGGAGGACAUUUCUAAAUUUGACGCGUCCGUGAUCAAAAUGAUGCCAAUUCCCUAAUUUGACAUUUGCAUCAUGUUCCCGUAAUGUUUUCAGAUGGACCAUUGAGUUACCUUUGCAUGUGUUUGUGUCGGGUGUCACCGGUGAGGCAGAAUAUGCACACCUUUCUGCGAUUCAUAAACACAUCGUUACUUUAUUGUUGGAAUCGGUUAAUGGACUUUGCUUUUAGCAAAGAUGUCUUACGAUUGUGGAGAUGGUUUUGUGCUCGUAUUAUUGUGUCGUUAAAUGGUAAUACUGUUCCUGUCAUAGGAGGAGUUGCCACAGCAUGUGCAUUCAUCCGGAGAAGGCUGUGGUGGUGGCACUUUUGUCAACUCGUGUUGAUAUAUUAGUUAUCGAAAGAGACUCGGGUGAGAUUCUCUAUGAAUAUGCCGAUGUGGAAGGAAAGCCCAAAGUGAAAGAUGGCUACGAAGAUGUGGCGCUGACAAACUUAGAACAAUUAUCAGGACGAAUUAGGGAUUCAAACCUAGGAACAUAGGUUUCUCGAAAUCCUACAGAACGAAAUUCUGCACAGCAAAAUGUGGCGCUUUGGGCGACAGGGCAACUCGUACCACCUGUAGGAGAACUACCCUGGGCUUCAGGCAACCAAUGAGAAAAAAUUCAUGUAAUUAAAAGCCUACAUUGAGUGCCUUUGCUACAUAUUGUAUGUGAAGGUGGCAUACAAAAUGAGCAGUCAUUGCAAAUGUCAAAGAUUUACUGAUUCUCUUUCAAUUUUCCGUUGUUUCUUCUCUCUCCCUUAUGAAUCACAGUUGCUAUUAAUGUAAGUUAUACGUGGGAAAGGUUAAUAACAUCUACUUCCUGGUCAACGAACGCCAAAAUAUGUUUUUGAGCCAAGUGAAUCCAGCAAUAAUAACUAUUUAUGCACUGAGAGGAUUUCGCAUCAUUGGUCCUUGUUUGUUUUGAGUUUUCGACAGUUGAGUGACAAACAGGAAAGAUUAUGUAUGAAGGAACGCUUCAGGACCAUGCAUCUCUCUGUGUCAUCUUCUCACCCAUCAGGUAACUACAUGUACAUCGACCCACUGCCAGGAGAUAAAUCUUUCACUCAGAGAGACAGAGCAUUCUACCUCGCCUCCCCUGACUUCCGCCCCGCUCCCGCCUACUGUGUCAGGUUCUGGUACAAUAUGUACGGGGCAGACACCAGAUCUCUCCAGGUCUACGCCAAGGUGGGAUCCGGAUUUGGCAACGCGAUGUGGCGUAACUAUGGCAACCAAGGGGAAACCUGGCAUCUUGCUGAGGUCAAUGUAGACCCUGAAUUCUCAAAACAACCUUUCAAGGUGGUUUUUGAAGCUGUGACAGAUGCUCACAGUCUGUCGUCACAGUGGUAUCCCUUCAGCCACCCAGUGGAUACAGAUGGUGACAUAGCAAUAGAUGAUGUCUACGUCUACAACACAACAUGCAAAGAUAUCCCCACCUGUCCACCGGGGGCAAUAACACGCAAGGGAGCUAACUCUUCCUCGUGCUACACUUUCCACACAACUCCUAAAUCCUGGUACAAGAGUGCGCUGUCUUGCCGACAAGAGGGCGCCACCUCCCGUCUUGUAUGGGUCACAUCUCAGGAAGAGCAAGACUUUAUCGUCAACACAACCAAACAACAUGCAGGAUUGAAAGCUGCUGGACAAUAUGGUUGGUACACGAGCGGAAAUGACGAACGAUCCGAGGGCCACUUUGAUUGGACAGAUACUGGCUUGUUCUACCAGAGUGCAUACAGCGACUGGCAUCAGGGACAGCCCAACAACGUUGCCAACAACCAGGACUGUCUACUGCUUCAAUACGCCGGAGCCGACUACGAAUGGGGAGACGUCAAUUGUAACGAGGCACACCCCUUUAUCUGUGAGGUGGAAUUUCCCACAGUUUAAGACACCCUAACAUCUGGAAAGUGGAACUGCCCCAAUGCGUAAAGUUUUACCUUCGGACCUUAAUGCUCACACAACAGUGUAACACCUCGGGCAUAAAUACUGGUGUUAUAUAACUUUGUACAAACUCGUGCCUUAAUGCACUAAUGCCAACAUUGUAGCAACUUGUGUCUUAAUGUAAUAGCAUUACUCAUCAGUGUAACAAGCCAGGUCUUACCUUUCCAGUGUUAUACAACAAUUUUUGUUUUGUGUC